AUGCCCAACUGGCUCAACUCUCUUCUGCGCCAAAAGUCUGCACCUCAAUGGACCUCCGACCGCGUCAACUCCUGCCCUGAGCUCAAGGUCAUCACAGAGAAAGACCUCCACUCGUCCAGCCAUACCGCCAUGCCGACUACCACGACGUCCACGGCGGCAGACUUUCCUCUACCGCCCCCGGUCCUCCAGAGCUGCGCUGCAUCGACUGCAACCCGCAAAGCUCGCAGGAAACCGGCCCGAGUUGGAGGACUGACCGUCCAUUGGGCUCGGUUCAAGAAACGCAUCGGCACAGGCACAGCACCAUCGAGCAGCUCCCACAUUGGCGAGAGCGCUGCAGAGACGGGCUAUAGCAGGAGAAUGGAGAUGGCACUGGAGGCGAACGAUUUGGUGGACGAAGUCGUCGUCGAUCGAGUAUGGACCGAGGAGAUCAAGAGCUCCGUCACCCACUCGGACAACGGUCUCAGUCCAGAGAAGUCGGGUGGUAGCCAUCAACAAAACCACGGUGCCAGUGACCAUGACAGCCUAACUUACGAGGGCCGCUGGAGGUGGUGGACGCCGUUUGCGAUCAUUCGGUAUCGAACAUGGCCGCUUUUGAUGGAGAUCUUCAGCUCGCGCUUCGUAGACGAGAAAUCAGAGCAGCACUAUGCGCAACUCUGCUCUUGUAUCUCCCUUUCUGACCCGUGUGCGCUGCUGCGCAUGUUAGGAACACUGGUUUAUGAAGAAAUCCUUGGCUCUGUGGGCCUCUCUAUGGCUCAUCAUGAACUGGGUGCUUGGGUCGAAUUUCCUAAGCCCCAUCCCACGAUGCGUAGUAACUCCGCAAUUCAGAUCGCACCAGUCAUGAGCAUACCGGUUGUCUUUAUGGUUAUGUAUGACUGGCCUAGGGAUCGACCUUACGUCUAUCAAGUCUUUCUUCUAGUUUCUAUUUGGUGUUGGUCUUUCUACCAGGUUAUCUAUAUACUUUCUUGCGGCUAUUACAGUCUACACCCCAACUGUGGCUCUCGAGAUUUCUUGUCAACAUUCUAUUAUACCACAGCCCUCCAAACGAUCGCACUUUUCGGCCUCAAGCUAAACCGAUUCCCAGCUGCCAUUGGCAGUUUGGCUUUUUUCCUCUUUGCGUCAAUUUCGGUCAUACCCGUGAGGAGGACAUGGGCGCGGAGCAUGAUCAAUCUCUUCAUCUUCCAAAGUUUUCUUAUCUAUGUACAUUACAUGAGAGAAAGUUCUGAGAGACGGCUUUAUCGUCUCCGAGAUCAGCUCAAGAUACAGUACAAGGCUACACAAAAAGCUCAGAUCAACGAGCGCAAAGCAUCCGACUCAAAGCGACGCUUGACUUCUUAUGUCUUCCAUGAUACGUCCGUGUUCCGCUCAACACGGCACCCGUAUGCUUUCCACCAAGUAAUGCGAUCUCUCUUCGUUCCUUUGCGGUUGGCUACCGAUGCAAGAGGACUGAAGUUCGAGACGGACCUGGAUCCCAACAUCGACAAGGUAGCCCGGAAAGCUACCUAUGAGGCCAUGGGAGAACCACCAGAAGCGAUUCGGGAGCAUAUGGCGAACAAUCCAGAUGUCGAAGGCGUUGUUACUGGAGACGAUGCCCGACUGCGGCAGAUUAUCACCAACUUGGCCAGCAACGCCUGUAAAUUCACUCCGACCGGUGGCAAGCUGACUAUUAGGACACGCCUCGUUUUGCCCUCUAUACCAGCCGGUAUAGACCCGCUCGACCAUGACAGCGACGACUCCGAGAAGACCGAUCUCGACGAAUCAGAGAACGGGCAACGGCCGCUGUCGGCGGAUUAUCUGUCGCAGCAUAACAUGGAAGGCAAAUCACCGGCGCCUUUGGAUUGCAUCGUUGUGCGGAUCGAGGUCUCCGAUACUGGGUACGGGAUCAGACCGCAGGAUAUGGCCCAGACGAAGCUUUUCUCCGCCUUCAACCAGACGGAACAAGGCAGGCAACAGGGUGGUAAAGGCACUGGCCUUGGCCUUGCACUCGUUCGCCAGAUCGUCAAGCUGAGUGGUGGCCGUCUUGGGGUGAAGUCAAAGACGGGCGAAGGUUCGACGUUCUGGGUAGAACUACCUCUCGGAGUUGGAAGGAAGACGUUAGACCCGGGCCCUCCUGAUCUGCCUGAUGGCUCGAGUACCUCUGACCUGGAUACGCUACACCGUCCGAGAGGUGGUACUCGAUCGAAGACAAAGAGGGCACAGGAAAGCUUCCCCCCAGAGGCAGGCGCAUCGGUUUUAAGGACUUCGACGAGACACUCGUCUGGAUCUGCACAGACAAGUGCGGCUAUGCAGGGUAUAAUGGAGCAAGGUGGACGUGUCGAUCUUGUGUUGCGGAAAUAUGGACAGAAUGGGACACCAGGCUCAACGCCUCUACAUGACAGAGACGAUCCUCUCAAAGAUGUGCAAAUAACGGCUGAGCCGGAAACGAUGCCACAAUCUCAGUCUACGUCUCGUAUGCCCAAGCAACCUGAGAAGCCACCAGAAUCCUCAGAAUCCACCUCCACUCCGGUACAGCCUGAACCCGGAGCUUCUGGCAUCUCGUCACCGUCAGAAUCCUCCAGACCAACACCGGUUCAACGACCCACUUUUGUUCGACUGCCGAGUCCUCAGACGUUCUCCAUUGACGAUGCUUCUCCUCCCACACAAAUAGAACCUCUUGCUUCGAGCUAUUCGAACCAGUCAACGACGAGCGAGCGAUCAGUAUCCAAUCUGAAGAUGUUUGACAACAAUUUCACGCGUGGCAGCCCAUCUGCUUCAUUUACGACGCUAAACAUUGAGCCGAAUCUACCGGUUCUCGUGGUAGACGAUGAUCCCCUAACCCGGACGUUAAUGAAGCGUGUAUUGACGCGGCUGGGCUGUCAGGUUUCGUGUGCAGAGAACGGCGAGGUGGCGCUGGAGAUGAUACUGGGGCAGCGGGUUGCGGUCGGCAACACUCCCUCGAGCGAGCUGUCAGCAGCAGGCCCCAUCUUGGAGCAGCAGCAGGAGCCACCGAUAUUUGAGGAGGGCAAGUACGCUGUGGUGUUCCUGGAUAAUCAAAUGCCUGUCAUGUCGGGAUUGAGAGUGGUUGAGAAGCUUAGGGAGUUCGGAAGGACGGACUUCAUUGUUGGUGUUACAGGGAAUGCUCUGUUAUCUGAUCAAGAAGAAUACCUCGAAGCUGGUGUUGAUCGCGUUCUGACUAAACCGGUGUUGGAGAGGAGCCUGAGAGAUAUCCUUAUUCAAGCUGACGAGAGAAGAAAAAACCGACCUGAGCCAAAACCACCUUCACGAGAAUAA